AGCGCCUCCUCCUCGGGCUGUGACUUCAUCCUCAGCCCCGGAGCUCCACAGCCGACCGAGCACCGCCCCGCGCUCUCCCCGCUGGAAGAUGAAUGUUUACCUAACGGACUGUAUUCGCGGCUGCCCCGUAAGUUUGUCGGGAGUUAAGCAGAUUCUACAAUGAUUUGUAAUAAGACGAAAAAGCUUGAGGAGGAACGACGAGUGAAAGCCAACGAUCGUGAUUACAAUGAAAAGUUUAAUUAUGCAAACAAUGGCAUCAAGACAUCCAAGUACAAUAUCCUCACGUUCUUGCCUAUCAAUUUAUUUGAACAGUUCCAGCGGGUUGCCAAUGCAUAUUUUCUAUUCCUCCUCAUACUACAGCUGAUCCCUGAAAUCUCUUCCUUGUCAUGGUUUACCACCAUUGUGCCUUUAGUUCUUGUACUGACCAUCACUGCCGUGAAAGAUGCCACUGACGACUAUUUUCGUCACAAGACUGAUAAUCAAGUGAAUAAUCGUCAGUCGCAAGUUCUUCUCGGUGACAGACUGCAAAAUGAGAAGUGGAUGAAUGUAAAAGCGGGCGAUAUCAUUAGACUGGAGAACAAUCAGUUUGUGGUUGCCGACAUGCUCCUUCUGUCAAGUAGUGAGCCACAUGGUCUCUGUUAUGUGGAAACAGCUGAACUUGAUGGAGAGACUAAUCUGAAAGUUCGGCAAGCCCUGCCAGUUACUGCUGAUCUUGGAGAGGAUAUUUCCAGGCUAGCAGAAUUUGAUGGGGAGAUUUUAUGUGAGCCCCCAAACAACAAGCUUGACAAGUUUAAUGGAACUCUAAUCUGGAAAGACUGCAAGUAUUCUCUAAAUAAUAGCAAGAUGCUUCUAAGAGGAUGUGUUCUAAGAAAUACUGAAUGGUGCUUUGGGAUGGUUGUCUUUGCAGGCCCAGAUACUAAAUUAAUGCAAAACAGCGGGAAAACAAAGUUUAAAAGAACUAGCAUUGAUCGGCUAAUGAAUACUCUAGUUCUAUGGAUAUUUGGCUUCCUGGUAUGCAUGGGAAUCAUUCUAUCUGUUGGAAACUCCAUUUGGGAACAUCAUGUAGGCACUCGUUUUAGAGUCUACCUUCACUGGGAUGAGCUAGUAGACAGUGCCGUGUUCUCAGGAUUCCUCACAUUCUGGUCUUACAUUAUCAUUCUAAAUACUGUAGUACCAAUUUCUCUCUAUGUAAGUGUUGAAGUUAUUCGACUGGGACAUAGUUACUUUAUCAACUGGGACCGUAAGAUGUUCUACUCUAAAAGAGGCACCCCUGCUGAGGCUCGGACUACAACCCUUAAUGAAGAAUUGGGGCAAAUAGAAUACAUAUUCUCUGACAAAACUGGGACACUUACGCAGAACAUCAUGAUAUUUAAUAAAUGUUCGAUUAAUGGAAGACUAUAUGGUGAAGUGCGUGAUGAGCUGGGUCGCAAAGUGGAAAUUACUGAGAAAACUGUUCCAGUGGACUUUUCAUUCAACACCCUUGCUGAUAGGAGGUUUCAGUUUUAUGAUCACAGCUUAAUCGAGGCCAUAAAGCUAGAAGAGCAUCAUGUGCAGGAGUUUUUCCGAUUACUCUCCUUAUGUCACACAGUUAUGUCUGAAGAGAAGAAUGCAGGGGAACUCAUUUACCAAGUUCAAUCACCAGAUGAAGGAGCAUUGGUCACUGCUGCAAGGAAUUUUGGCUUCAUAUUUAAAUCCCGAACACCCGAGACUAUCACUGUGCAAGAAAUGGGGAGAAUCGUAACCUACCAGCUGUUAGCCAUUUUAGACUUCAACAAUGUCAGAAAAAGGAUGUCUGUCAUAGUGCGAAAUCCAGAAGGACAAAUUAAACUUUACUGCAAAGGUGCAGACACUAUCCUAUAUGAGAGGCUUCAUGUCAGUAGUGAAGAAUUAAUGUACAUCACUUCAGAACAUCUCAAUGAGUUUGCUGGUGAGGGCCUGCGGACAUUAGCCCUGGCAUACAAAGAUCUCACUGAAGAUUACUUCAGGUGGUGGCUAAACAUCCAUCAUGAGGCCAGCACUGCUCUGGACAACAGAGAGGAGCGGCUAGCAGCUGUAUAUGAACAAAUAGAAAGUGAUAUGACGCUACUAGGUGCUACUGCAAUAGAGGACAAGCUACAAGAAGGAGUGACUGUUACCAUCGCUAGUCUCCUCCUGGCAAACAUUAAGUUGUGGAUUCUAACCGGAGAUAAGCAGGAAACGGCUAUGAACAUUGGAUACUCAUGCCACAUGCUCACUGAUGACAUGAACGAUAUAUUUAUAGUUUCUGGUCGCACAGUAACUGAGGUGCGAGAAGAACUAAGGAAAGCAAAGGAAGCCACAUUCGGACAGAGUAGCAACCUAUUCAAUGGACAUCAGUUCUCUGAGAAAACAAGCAAAUCAAAGCUUGAGUCAGUCUAUGAGGAAACUGUAACUGGUGAAUAUGCCUUGGUCAUCAAUGGGCAUAGUUUGGCCCAUGCCCUGGAAGCCGAUAUGGAGAAGGAUUUUUUGGAGAUUGCAUGCAUAUGCAAGACUGUGAUCUGUUGCAGAGUGACUCCCCUUCAGAAAGCUCAAGUGGUUGAAUUAGUGAAGAAGUAUAAAAAAGCGGUCACUCUGGCCAUUGGAGAUGGUGCUAAUGAUAUCAGCAUGAUAAAAAGUGCUCACAUUGGUGUUGGCAUCAGCGGACAGGAGGGCAUGCAAGCAGUUUUAGCCAGUGAUUACUCUUUUGCUCAGUUUAGGUACCUACAAAGACUGUUGCUGGUUCAUGGGCGCUGGUCGUACUUUCGAAUGUGCAAAUUUCUUUGCUAUUUCUUCUACAAAAAUUUUGCCUUUACAUUAGUGCAUUUCUGGUUUGGAUUCUUCUGUGGGUUCUCAGCACAGACCGUCUAUGACCAGUGGUUUAUUACACUUUUCAACAUUGUAUACACAUCACUUCCUGUGUUAGCGAUGGGACUUUUCGAUCAGGAUGUGAAUGAGCAAAACUGUAUGGACUACACUAAAUUGUAUGAGCCAGGCCAGCUGAACCUACUGUUCAACAAGCGGCGCUUUUUUAUUUGUGUGUUACAUGGCAUUUAUACGUCUUUUGCCCUAUUCUUCAUACCUUUUGGAGCAUUUUUUAACACAGCCGGGGAAGAUGGAAAACAUAUAUCAGACUACCAGUCCUUUGCUGUUACUGUUGCUACAAGUCUAGUAAUAGUUGUCAGUGUCCAGAUUGGUCUGGACACCAGUUAUUGGACAGCUAUUAACCAUUUCUUCAUCUGGGGCAGCCUGGCUGUGUACUUCUCCAUCUUAUUUGCCAUGCAUGGGGAUGGGAUUUUUGAUAUUUUCCCCAGUCAUUUCCCUUUUGUAGGAAAUGCCAGGAAUUCCCUAAGUCAAAAAAGUGUUUGGUUAGUAAUAUUCCUGACCACUGUGAUUUGUGUCAUGCCUGUGCUGACAUUCCGCUUCUUGAAGGUGGAUUUACGACCAACACUCAGCGAUAAGGUUCGAUACUUGCAGCAGGCUAAGAAUAAGAGAAAACCAUUGGCGAACCACAUGCGCAGGGUGCAUAGAACAAGCUCCAGGAGAUCUGGAUAUGCCUUUGCUCAUCAGGAAGGCUACGGUGAACUCAUUACUUCUGGUAAAAACAUGCGGUUAAAUGAGCCUCAAUCCUCAUCAGGCUUAGCAAGAACAAUGCUGAGCAGCACAAGCUGGAUAGAAAAUCUACGAAAGAAGACAGCUGAGAAUUUUAAUAGCUUCAGUAGUGACAAGAUUUCUAAGUUAUAAUUAAUAUGAAACCAUACCUGGGGAUUUUUGCUUUUUUUGUUUGUUUUUUUUAAAUUAACUUUAUGUUGUGGCCAUAUUUUUGCACUGUGUUACUCAACACCAAAGGGAGAUGAUGUACAUCUUCUAAAAAUGGAUCAUCCCGAAACAGCAAAGUCCUGUCCCAUCUGUGCAUGGAAAGUCGCCUCUUAUAUUAAAAAAAAAAACACUGUUCAGGAAAAGGACCAUUUGAGAAAUUCCUACACCUUUCCGAACUCCUUACUGUGAUACAGGACAAUAACUCCGCACUGUAGACUUGUCAUUUUCUGACCUACAACUGUUUGAACAGGUUUCUCAUUGAAUGUCGAGGGCAUUUGCUUUCUGAACUGUUAAAGCAUUUUCCUUUGGAAUGUUUUAGGAUUAUAAUUGUAUAGUUAUGAUAUAGUUUUAGAAGGACCAUUUAUAGUGUCAAGACCAAUAUUGCACAGUUUCUCCAUCAUAGAGCAUUCUCCAAGAUAGUAACUGCAUAGUAUAUUUUGCUUCCAGAAAAGUUACCAUUAUACUUAAGAAGAAUAUUGACUUGCUGCUACUGUUGAUCACAAGAAUCUUUCCUUCACUGGGAAUGUAUCACUGCUCAGAACCAUCAUUAGCUUUCUUGCAAGUUAAAUACGUUAGAGUUGUUUAUUUUUCAGCAAGUCAUUAUCCCAGCUAACUGCAGUACUUGUGGCUUUGACUUGUAAAGUGGUUUCCUAUUAGAAUGCCAUAUAUAACUUUGGUAUGGCCAGUGUCUAAUGUGUGCUACAAAGCAGAUUGCAUUUCUGAGUUCUGUUCCAAGUGGGACCUAUCACAUUUCUUCUAAUACAAGAUGAAUGUUUAUUUUCCAUUUUAGCCUUUUCAGCUUUAUGAAUGUGAAAACAGGUGCCAUGACUAUACAUCAGGUUAUCAGUCACUUGGAAUUAACUAAUUCUUUAUACAACUAUUGUGAUCUAAAUUCUGCUGGAGGUGAAAUAGACCAUCAGUCAGCCAAUCCUUGUGCUGGGUAUCUUUAGUCAGAUGCUUUGUUUCCCACAUGUCAUUCAUUAUCUGUGUGCCUUCACCAAUUAAACCAUUUUCUCAGGGGA